GAGCAAGCCAGGACCCCCCUCCGCCCCCAGCGUGCUUGGCCCCUGUCCCCAGCAGCCAAGCCCAGACAGGGAGCGAGCCCUGCCCGACUGCCAGGGAGAGCAGCCAAACGAGCAGGGGAAACACACAGGGAAAGGACUGAGCCCCCCUUUCCCCUACCCCACAGGAUUCGUUGCCAUGAAGAGCUGGUUGAUCCUGGUGUGGUUGGUGAUCUUCGCAGGCCAGGAUUGGCUGAAUGGGGCAGAAGGGGACAAACAGUGCCCUGCUUCCAAGAUCCCCCCACAAGCUGCUGGCCACAACUCCACAGGAGGUGAGGAUGCCAACAAUGGGACUCGCCAAGAGGAUGUGACUUGUCAAGAAGGCCCUCAGCAGACCGAGGAAGGCCCUCAGCAGACCGGGAAAGGCCCUCAGCAGACCGGGGAAGGCCCUCAGCAAACCUCGGGGAAGAGAGUGGAGGAUGGGAGAGAGGUGGAGGGGCAGGAGACCCAGCAGGGGCUGGUGCAGGAAGGGCCAGGGCGGGAGGAGUCCACAGGUUGCAAAGCUGCCUCCAGCGUGCCAGAGGGAGAAGGGGAGGCCGAUCGGGCUACUGGCAUGCAUGGCCAGGGACAUAUAUCAGAGAACCAGAGUACCAUGGAGCUGGACAAGAAGCUAGACAAGGAGCUGUCCAAGAAGCCGGCCAAGGGGCUAGACAAGGAGUCGGCCAAGGAGCCAGACAAGGAGCUCGAAAAGGAGUCGGCCGAGGAACCAACCAAGGAGCCCACUGCAGCACCCACCACUGAGGCCACUACGGCGCCCACCACAACACCCCAGCGGUGCCCGCCCAGUGACCCCUGGGUAAGCUGUGGGGACGACGCCAAGGAGGAGAGCCCCAGGGUGGCAACGGCGCUGACUGAUUUUGCACUGAAGUUCUAUUCGAAAUUGGCCAAGGGGAAAGGCACUAGCUCCAAUGUGGUCUUCUCGCCCUUCAGCGUGGCCCUGGCGCUCUCGCACCUCUUGCUGGGGGCCCGAGGGGAAACCAAAGGGCGGCUGGAGUCCAUCCUCGCCUACCCCUCAGAUCUCGUCUGCGUCCAUGCUCCACUGCAGCGGCUCCUCAAAUCCCAGGCCUUGAUCUCGGCCUCAGCGCUCUUCCUCCGCCAAGGCCUGCACCUGAACGAAGCUUUCCGCAACCAGUCGCUGCACUUCUACAACAGCCGGCCCCAGAUGCUCAGCGGCAAUGAGACCCAGGACCUGCAACUCAUCAACAAGUGGGUGAGAGUGAUGACCAAGGGCAAGAUCAAGAGGCUGCUGAAGGAGCUGGAGCCUGACGUCCAGCUGGUGCUGCUCAACGCUGUCUAUUUCCAAUCCAAGUGGAAGACGACCUUUAAAGUGAAGAACACAGUGAAUGAGACGUUCUACCGCCCGGGCCAGGCCUCCAUCCAGGUGCCCAUGAUGACCAGCAAGAAGUACCCGCUGGCCUUCUUCAAUGACCCCAACCUGCAGGCCAAGGUUGGCCGGCUGCAGCUGUCCCACAACGUGAGCCUCAUAGUCAUCGUGCCCCAGCUCGUGUCCCAGAUGCUCGCCGAGGUGCAGCAGAAGCUGACCAAAGAGACCUUCGCUGCGGUGAUGAAGAAGCUGAUGGGCACCCCCUUCAAGCCCACCGUGGUGAGCCUGCCCAAGUUGAAGCUGGACAGCUCCCAGAACCUCUUGGACAUCUUGGGGGAGAUGGACUACGGCAUUUUCUAUGACUCGAACUUGUGCGGCAUCUCAGAGGCAGAAGAUCUGUUGGUGACGAGCGCCCAGCACCGGGCCAUGCUGGAGCUGAACGAGGAAGGGGUGGAGGCCGCAGCUGCCACGGCUUUUUCGGUGGCCCGCACUGCCUGGGUCUUCGACGUGCAGCAGCCCUUCCUCUUCGUGCUGUGGAAUGACGACCACAGCUUCCCCAUCUUCAUGGGCCACGUCAACGACCCCAGAGUAUGAACCAGCCCUCUCCACGCCCAGUGUCACUUGCAUGGUAUGCCCUGGUGCCACAGGCACUGAACAGGGUGCCCGCGGAGUGCUGCUUGGCUGUGACGCUUUGAGUGGGGGGGAAUAUCUGUCUCUCUCUCUCUCCUCCCCCUUCGUAUAUAACCAUCCAUGCAUCCCCAGGUACUCCCUUCUACCUCGCUAUCAAUCCCACACACAGCAUCUAUCAAGGGACUGACCUGGGAGGCAGUGUAGCCUAGUGGUUAGCACAGUGGACUGGGCCUCACAGAGACCUAGGUUCGGCUGCUAGGCGUCCUUGAUCAAGAGACGUUCUAGCUCUAUGCCUCAUUUUCCCCAUUCACAAAAUGGGGAUAAUGAUCCUGACCUGCUUUGUAAAGCACUAAAGAUCUGCUGACGGAAAGGGCUGUAGAUGAGCUAGGGAUUAUUAUUAUUAUCUAUCCAUGCAUCCCCAAUACGUAGCCUCUAUCUAGCUAUCUCCCAAUACAUCCCAUUCAUCGCCACAGUCUGUUCUCUCUGGAUUUUCCUUCUGUCUCCCUUUCUCAGCCCCUUUGUUCCUCCCUCUCCCCACUUGACUGUCUGUAGCCUGUGACCAUCCCAGGCUCGGAUCUUCUGAAAUGUACAGGGAAGAGCUGAUCUGAGGGGGGUCCCUUCUCCCCACUCCCUCGACUCUGUCUCACUCACAGCAGCCGCUGCCUCUUCCAACAGUAAAUAAAGUCUGAAAACUUUG